GCGAAUCGGUGCCAGUGAUCACAACAUUUAGCCGGUGGCUGAAUGAUGAGUGUGUAUGUCGAGCCGCGGUGCCUGUGAGUAAUUAUACAACUUCGCAGUCUGGUGUUUGUUCAAUCUAAGGAACAAUCAACGCCAGCAAUCAUGCAUCUUUGUGCAGCAGUGAUAUUACUGCCACUCCCCUGUGUGGUGCUGUCCUUAGACAGACAAACUGUUUGGGAAUCUGGAUGAGUCUGCGUCUCUCCCCUGUACUGUGCAGUGCUCUGGUGAACUGACCUGGACCAGGUUUCAGAAGCAGGACGAUGUUCUGGUCAGGUGUAGCAGUGUCUCGUGCUGGGUUAAACACGGGUUUAUUCUCCCUUAUGAACAGUACCUGAACGGGAAUUCCUCCCUGACGAUGCUGAAAGCAGAUUACAGCCUUCGAGGACUCUACAUGGCCAAGUGUGUCUCUGAGACAGUCUGUGAAGUCGUCUUUACAUUGUCUCCUCUAGAGAUGACCCAUGUGAUUACCCCAGGUGAACCCAUAGAUGUGUACUUACCCCUGACUGACAUGGUGGAGGUGAUAUUUACUGCGAGUGGUGCCGUACAACCAUCACACCCACAGAUCUGCACCGUGGAUAAGGAGAAGAUCCAGUGCAGUCCAGAUUAUAAAGAGAGAGCAUCUCUCCUCAACACUCUUCAGAUUAAAGAUGGAGAUGUCUCUGACAGUGGGAACUACACAGUACGGGAUAAAGUCAAUGAUGAGACUUUAGCCAUUGUGACGGUCCAUAUGAGAGGGUCUGAACCAGAAAAGCCGAGUUCUGGAGCUGCUCCCGUGUCCCAGACUCGUAUUCGAAGACGCCGCAGUGUCUCCUCUGAGGAGAAUCCGUGUCCAGAAUUUAAGCAGGAAAGAUCUAUGCCAGCAUGGGGGAUUACACUGAUAGCACUGAUGUCACUGGUCAUGGCUGUGAUGAUGGGAGUGAUAGUUUAUCAGCAGAAAGAAAUUCAGCAGCUCCAGAAAAAUCCUGCAGACACCGAACUCACACUGACCCAAACUAAUGGAGAUGCCAACCCCAAUCCAGGAGAAGAACUUUAAGUACUCACUCACUCCUCAAACAAUGGAAGUUAGACUCUGUCAUUUAUUUUGUUAGGUGGUGAAUAGAAUAAACAGCUCUGAAGGAAAGACAGAUGAAAAUUAGAUGAAGAUUCUAUAAACAAUAGAAAUAUUUUAGUAACCGUGUGUCAGAAAGCUGUCUCACACACUCCUCCAUGUUCUCUUCCUCUCUCUUACACUACAGUAGAGUAUAAAAGCUGAAUAAGAGCUCAGAGCUGUUUAGAGAUGAUCCUCUGAAGCACCUUUUAUUGCCUAAAUACAGUCCAUCUACUGGGGCCAACUGCAUUAUAUUCACUUUAUUCUUUUGAGUUCACUUUAAACAUUAAUUAUAAAUAUAUAAUCUCCUAAUAAGUAAAGCUCUCCAUUUAAAGCUAAACUUCCCCUACACUUAGUUUACAUUAAAAUAUUAAACCUAAACCUACUUUCUCUCCCCUCCCUGUCUCUCUCUCUCUCUCUCUCUUGCUCUCUCUUUUAUUUGCCUUUUCUGUUCAAUUUACAACGAAGUGUCUUCUUUUCACUCAUCUUUUGUAAUUUUAUCCUUAACUUUUAUCCCUUACUGCUUACCAUCACGCCUCGUAAGCCAUAGAUGGUGGCCACGUAAACCCUGGCCGAAAUGGUGGCCACGUAAACCCUGAGUGUAGAAGGAGCCAACCCUGCUGAGAAACGUUCUUGCAGUUCACUGGGUCUAUACCAUAACGCAGACGAACUGUAUGUUGAUACGUGAAAUUCUGGACGGACGGUGUGGUGCGGUGACGUAAUAACGUGUGCCGUUAAUUGUUCUAUGUUCUAUAACAUGUAAAACGGGAACAUGAAAGGAGUAUUCUAAAAGCGACUCAUGUAAACACCUUAAUCACAAUAUUGUCUUAUUCAGAAUUCAAUUCAAUUUUAUUUGUAUAGCUCUUUUUACAAUAGACAUUGUCUCAAAGCAGCUUUACAGAAAUAUCAACACGGUAUACAGAUAUUAAAGGUGCGAAUUUAUCCCAACUGAGUGGCAAAGGUGGCAAGGAAAAACUCCCUAAGAUGUUUUAAGAGGAAGAAACCUUGAGAGGAACCCGACUCAGAAGGGAACCCAUCCUCAUCUGGGUAACAACAGUUAGUGUGAAAAAGUUCAUUAUGGAUUUAUAUGAAGUCUGUAUGGCCUUAGGAGCAGCCGUAGUCCCAGCAGUCUGGAAUUAAAGAAGAUUUGAGCUCCAUCCAGAGGCAGAAAGGAUCUGGAUCUCCAGUAUCUCCAUAAAUUCGUGUGGGGCUCGCCGAAAGGAGAGAGGGAGAAAAAAGAUAAUUAUGACUGCGAAAUAGUAUAACAGAAUCUAGUCAGGGUAGGCUUGAGUAAACAAAUACGUUUUCAGCCUAGACUUAAACACUGAGACUGUGUCUGAGUCCCGAACACUAAUAGGAAGACUGUUCCAUAACUGUGGGGCUCUAUAAGAGAAAGCUCUUCCCCCUGCUGUAGCCUUCACUAUUCGAGGUACCAACAAAUAGCCUGCGUCUUUUGACCUAAUUAGGCGAGGCGGAUCAAAUAAAACCAAAAGGUUGCUUAGAUAUUGUGGUGCGAGACCGUUUAGUGCUUUAUAGGUUAAUAAAAGUAUUUUAUAGUUAAUGCGAGAUUUUACUGGGAGCCAAUGCAGUGUUGAUAAGAUCGGGGUAAUGUGGUCGUAUCUUCUGGUUCUAGUUAGGACUCUAGCAGCUGCAUUCUGGACUAAUUGGAGUUUGUUUAUGUUCCUACUGGAACAUCCAGACAGUAAGGCAUUACAGUAAUCUAAUCUAGAGGUGACGAAUGCAUGAACUAGUAUUUCCGCAUCAUGUAGUGAUAUGUUUCUUAUUUUAGAAAUAUUUCUGAGACGAAAGAAGGCUAUCCUAGUAAUAUUAUCUACAUGAGCAUCAAAUGAUAGGCUGGAGUCAAUAAUCACUCCAAGGUCUUUAAUUGCUGCACAUGAUGAAACAGAAAGACCAUCCAGAGUAACCAUGUGAUCAGAAAGAUUAUUUCUAGCUACACGUGGGCCUAAUAAAAGUAUUUCUGUUUUAUCAGAAUUAAGUAGAAGGAAGUUAGUUAACAUCCAAUGUCUAAUGUCCUUUACACAAUCCUCAACUUUAUUAAGCUUCUGUCUGUCCUCUGGCUUCGCUGAAACAUACAGCUGUGUAUCAGCAGCAUAACAGUGGAAGAUAAUUCCAUGUUUAUGAAUAAUUUGACCUAGGGGUAGCAUAUAUAAAGUAAAGAGCAGUGGGCCUAAAACAGAACCCUGUGGAACUCCAAAAGUAUCCUCAGUACGCAUGGAGAAAUCACCAUUUACAUCUACGAACUGAUAACGAUCGGUCAGACAAGACCUGAGCCAGGAGAGGACUGUUCCCUUAAUACCAACAACAUUUUCUAAUCUGUCAAGGAGAAUAGUGUGAUCUAUAGUAUCAAAUGCUGCACUAAGGUCGAGUAACACAAGCAGCGAGACAUAACCCUGAUCGUAAGUCAGUAGAAGGUCAUUUACUACUUUAACUAACGCUGUCUCUGUGCUAUGAUGAGGUCUAAAUCCUGACUGAUACAUUUCAUGAAUGUUGUUCCUAUCUAAGUACGAGCAUAACUGCUUUGCUACAACCUUUUCUAAAAUCUUAGAGAGGAAGGGGAGAUUUGAUAUCGGUCUAUAGCUGGACAAUUGAGACGGGUCAAGAUCAGGUUUUUUAAUCAAGGGUUUAAUAACUGCUAAUUUAAGUGAUUUAGGUACAUAGCCAGUGCUUAGGGAAGAAUUGAUUUAUAUUUAAAAGUGGUUCAAUUACUCCUGGACAAAUCUGUUUAAACAAACAUGUAGGUACGGGAUCUAGUAUGCAAGUUGAUGAAUUGGCUGAAGAGAUUAAUGAAGCUAGUUCGGUCUCUCUAAGCGGAGCAAAACACUCUAAACAUUGAUCUGAUAUCGCUACAUUGUCAUGUAAUGGGUUUGUUACAGUACUGUCUGGUUUUAAUUUAAUGGCCUGUAUUUCACGUCUAAUAUUUUCAACCUUAUUAAUGAAAAAUUUCAUGAAAUCUUCACUGCUAUGUAAUGAUUGAGUGUUUCUCUCUGUAGUGGUUUUAUUCCUAGUUAAUUUUGCUACUGUGUUGAAUAGAAAUCUAGAAUUGUUUUUGUUGUCUCCUAUUAAGGUGGAGAGAGAGAUUUUUCUAGUAUCGCCAAGAGAUUUCCUAUAUUUCAGUAGGCUCUCCUUCCAUGCUGUUUGAAAUAUCACCAGUUUGGUUUGACGCCAUUUACGUUCUAAUUGUCGAGUUGUCUGUUUUAAGGUUCGCGUUUGAUCGUUAUACCAGGGUGCUAAUUUUUUCUCUCUAAUUAUUUUCCUUUUGAGUGGAGCCACUCUAGAUAGAGUGUAGAGAAGCGUUGACUCCAAGCUUUCAGUCGCCUGAUCGAGUUCUAUGUGAUCUGACUGUGAUCCAAAUCUAAUUGAUGUUUCUGCGAGGUUAUUUAUGAAGCUCGGUGCAGUAGCUGAUGUGUAGGUACGUUUUACGCGGUAGCGAGGCGAGCUGGAAAUAUUAUGAUCAAUACGUAUUAUGAACGAGAUAAGAUAAUGGUCUGAGACAACUUCAGACUGCGGAAAAAUGAUAUUUUCUAUACUUAGUCCGUAUGUUAGUAUGAGGUCAAGAGUGUGACCACCAUUAUGAGUAGGCCCGAUUACGUUCUGAUUAAUCCCUACUGAAUCUACGAUGGACACAACUGCUAAUCUUAGAGGGUCUUCCAGGUUAUCAAAAUGAAUAUUAAAGUCUCCGACGAUUAAUGCUUUAUCUACAGACACAACCAGGUUUGAGACAAAGUCUGCAAAUUCACUAAGAAAUUCAGUAUAUGGCCCUGGGGGUCUGUAAAUAAUAAUUAGAGAAAUUGACUUAUUUUUUGUGGCUACAUAACUUAUACUGGCAUAAAGAAUUUCAAAAGAAUUAAAUUUAUGCUUAGGUUUUUGUGUGACGACUAGAUUUUUACUAUGGAUGAGACCAACACCUCCUCUUCUACCAGUUGAACGAGGCUGAUGUACAUAACUGUAUCCAGGAGGACUGGCUUCAUUUAAAGCUAUGUACUCGUUUGGUUUAAUCCAAGUUUCUGUUAAACACAUUAAAUUACAUUCCUGAUCAGUAAUGAUGUCGUUAACAAUAAGAGCCUUAGACGCAAGAGAUCUAAUGUUUAAUAGUCCUAGCCUCAGAUCAAAAGUGCUGGCUGUGCAUUCAAUAUGAUUUAAUUUUAUGUUAUAAGGUCAAUAAUUAGAUUACUGCUGUCCAUGUACACGUAGUCAGUGAUUGAAUCGUCCCAAUGGUAUUUUUGCACUGAAACGCUUGGUCUUCCUCACGAUCUGUUUGCUCUUCCAGCAUCAUGAUUAAAACUCCCAGAUGACUAAAACAGGUUCGCACCAGCUAUUAGAUGCGCCCUGUCAAUUUCACAUCUCGUGGGCAUUUAAGCAAUUGAAGUUAUUUUUCUUGUAUGUCAUUAGUGUUUUAUUUUUAUUCAGUCUACAGCAUGUUGAACAAGUUUACAUUGAAAAAGUGCCUCAUCAAAAAAAUGUUUGUUUUUUUUUAAAUACAUUUUGUAUUUUGUUUUAAAGACAUAUUUUGAAUUGUGAAGUUUUAUCAAAAUAAACUGUUUAUACUG